UGUCUGCGGUCUCCGAUCAAACUACCAAGGCAAAAACCCUGUGAGUUAAACUCCCUCUUCGUGGCCUUUCUUCUUCCCUACACACAUGGCUUCAUCGCCACCAUUUCUACUUCCAUCUCUGUCAUAAACCCAUUUUUCUUCUCUUACACAUGCAUACAAUAUUGAUAGAUGGACGUAAGAAGAUUGAAAAUUCCCAAAACCAUAGCUAUAUUUUCACAUAUCAAACGCCCUUUAACUUGUGUGAUUUAUACUGCUUCUUCAGAUCAAAUCAGUGAACCAUUACAGAAAGCGCAGUCAAAUAAGCCUAACCCCAUCUCAGAAAAGAAACAGAAAAACGGAUUAGAUUUGAAUUUGCGGAAGUGGGUUGUUUCAGUUCUUUCAAACCCACCUGUAGAUUCGUUAAAGAUUAAAGAUUUACUGACCCUUUUGACUCCUCAGCAGUUUGAUGCUAUUUUCUUGGAAAUUUAUUCGUCUUUGAAACCAUUGAAUGUUUUGAAAUUCUUUCACGUAGCGUCUGGUACUUGUGGUUUUAGUUUUAGUGUUAGAUCUUAUUGUACUUUGCUUCGUUUGCUUGUUGCUUCGAAUCAUGAUGUUCCAGCUAGGUUGCUUUUGAUUAGGUUAAUUGAUGGGAAACUACCUGCAUUGUUUGAUACUUCACAACAAAAGCAUGUAGAGGUUGCUGUUUCGUUGGCGGAGUUGAGUGGUGUGUCGGAUUUUGGUGUUGCUGUUAGGACUUUUGAUCUUUUGCUUCAUUUGUGUUGUACUCAAUUCAAAAAUGUCGGUUUUGAUGCUGCAUUGGAUGUGUUCAGGUCGUUGGCAAGUAGGGGGGUGUAUCCUUCUUUGAAAACUUGCAACUUUCUGUUGAGUUCUCUUGUGAAAGAGAAUGAGCUUUGGAAGAGUUAUGAGGUUUUUGGGAUUCUGAAGGAUGGUGUUGAACCAGAUGUUUACUUGUUUAGCACCGCGAUCAAUGCGUUCUGUAAAGGGGGGGAGGUGGAGGAGGCAAAGGAGUUAUUUCGGAAGAUGGAAAACAUGGGUAUUGUGCCAAAUGUUGUCACUUAUAAUAACCUUAUUCACGGUCUUUGCAAGAAUUGUAAUUUAGAAGAUGCAUUCCUUCUGAAGGAAGAAAUGAUAUUAAAUGGUGUAAACCCAAGUAUUGUCACGUAUAGCAUGCUUAUUAAUUGUCUGAUGAAACUUGAGAAAUUUGAUGAAGCUGAUUGUGUGUUGAAAGAAAUGUCAAACAAGGGGAUUGUUCCGAACGAUGUGUUGUAUAAUACCAUCAUUAAUGGUUAUUGCUCAGCAGGAGAUAUUCAGAAAGCUCUAAAGGUAAGGAAUGAAAUGCUAACAAAAGGAAUUCUCCCCAACUCAGCUACUUACAAUUCACUGAUCAAAGGUUUCUGCAAGGUAAAUCAAGCUAGUCAAGCUGAAGAAUUCUUAAAAGAGAUGUUAUUACAUGGAUUGGGUGUAAAUCCUGGUUCAUUCAGUAAUGUUAUCCUUGUACUGUGCAUGAAUUCUAGGUUUGUUGCUGCACUACGGUUUGUUAAGGAAAUGAUAUUAAGGCAUUUGAGGCCAAAUGAUGGGUUGCUGACCACAUUAAUUAGUGGGCUUUGCAAGGAAGGAAAGCAUUCAGAGGCAGUUGAGCUCUGGCAUAAGCUACUAAUGAAAGGGCUCACUGCCAAUACAGUGACCUCAAAUGCUCUAAUUCACGGUCUUUGUGAAGCUGGUAACAUACAAGAGGCUGUUCGGCUGUUGAAAACAAUGCUAGAAAGUGGUGUUAAAAUAGAUAGCAUGACUUAUAACACUCUUAUAUGUGCAUUUUGCAAAGAAGGAAACUUGGAUGGCGCCUUUAUGUUGAGAGAAGAAAUGGUGAAGCAAGGAAUCGCGCCUGAUGUUUCAACUUACAAUGUGCUGCUACAUGGGCUUGGUGAGAAGGGUAAAAUAGAUGAAGCUCUGUUGCUCUGGGAUGAAUGUCGAAGCAAGGGACUUGUCUGCGAUAUUUAUACCUAUGGGGCCUUAAUUAAUGGUUUGUGCAAAGCUGACCAACUUGAAAAGGGCAGGGACCUUUUCCAUGAGAUGCUCAGACAAGGCUUAGUCCCAAAUUUAAUUGUUUAUAACACUCUUAUUGGAGCUUUUUGUAGAAAUGGAAAUGUGAAAGAAGCCCUUAAACUUCGUGAUGACAUUAGAAGCAGAGGCAUUCUACCAAAUGUUGUCACUUAUUCCUCUCUUAUACAUGGCAUGAGCAAAAUCGGGCUUAUUGAAGAUGCUGAGAACCUUAUUGAUGGGAUGCGUAAGGAGGGAGUUCUACCUGAUGUUGUUUGUUAUACUGCAUUGAUAGGUGGAUAUUGUAAGUUAGGUCAGAUGGAUAAAGUGAGGAGCAUUUUGCAGGAAAUGUCAUCACACAAUAUACAGCCUAAUAAAAUAACUUAUACAGUCAUUAUUGAUGGGUAUUGUCAAGCUGGUAAAGUUAAAGAAGCUAAGGAGUAUUUCGCCGAGAUGGUACAGAAGGGAAAUACUCCUGAUUCGGUCACCUAUAACGUUUUGACAAAGGGGCUUUUAAAGGAAGGGGAAAUAGAAGAAGCCUUUUCACUUUUAGAUCAUAUUUCCCAUACAGGAGUUGAUUUAGAUGAAGUUACAUAUACUUCUUUAGUGAAUUUACUUCCCCAGAGAUCAGCAAGUGCAAACCAAGAAUGAACUGACCUGGCACAAAGUUCACACUCAUCUGGUUGGACUUUUUGCUACCUCACGUUUUUAACGCAACACAGCUAUAUACUUGCUUGAGUACAGUUGGACAUUUGAAAAGCACGUAUAUCUGCCUGAUUUUCUAAUGACACAAUGGAGUCAAGGCAAAGUCUGCACAUUGGAAACUGGUUCGUUAUUGUGGGUCCAGAUUUCUUCCUUGUGCUUUGAGUUAGUUGCAAAUGCUGGGAAGAUCAAGGAUCCAAGCAGCUGGUGGAUGGUUUUAUGGAUAGCAGAUAAGUCCAAGAUUGCGCUGGCCCCCUAACAGUGACCUUUGGUUGCUCUAACCAACUCCAUGCCCUUGUAUGAUGGAGCAGACUGUACUUGGAACUGCACUUGAAAAGCCAAAACCUACUUCAGCCACGGGGAGUGUUCGUGCAGAUAAGACAAUAAUGGUAGGGCCACCUUGGCCUAGGACCAUCUUGUGGAGAGCAUCAAAUGGUACUAUAAAUUCGUUCAGUUAAAUCAAAGAAGUGUGCUGUUUUAGUCACCUAAGAGAUUGCUUCGUGUAUGUUCUGCACAUCAUCUGCUAUAGAUGUCUGCUUCUGUUCGUUCACAAUUGCUUCUCGGUUCUUCCACAGCUAUAGGCUCUCAACACAUGAUGCAUCAGUAGUGUAAUCACUGAAGCAAUUUAGUCAGGAUUGCCAUGUUACUUAUGUGUUGAAGGGAGCAUGACAUGAACCGGGGUAGUCGCAGCAGGAGAAGUACCCCUAAACCCCUGAGAUCACUCAAUCCCGACCUGUCAAUCUCUUGUCAUUACUAUCUGGUGCGCGAAGGGCUACUCAUGCUUCCCAGACAUCACACAUUCUCAGGUUGAGUCAACAGCUCCCUAGAAAGUGAAAUAGGUUCAAGGGAGGGUUGUAAAUAGGCUGAAGUGGGAGCGCAGAACAGUUUCAUUGAUGAUCUUGAUUUUCGUGGUUUUAGUUGAGGUGUACAAAAACUGGCUCGAACACCACUAAUAAAAAAAAAUGUUUACACUUCAAUGAUAAUACUUCUGUUUUCUA